AUGUAUCAGAGCCCGCGGCGGCUCUGCUCCGCCCUGCUGCAGAGGGACGCGUCCGGCCUGCGCCGCCUGCCCACCCCCGGGCUGCGCCGCCAGUCGCCUCCGCCGGCGGCCGCCCCCCGGCCCGCGUCCCCCCGGCUCCUGGCGGCGGCCUCAGCGGCCUCGGGCGCCGCGAGGUCGUGUUCCCGAACAGUGUGCUCCAUGGGACACGGCACGAGCAGGCUCUAUAGUGCUCUCGCCAAGACACUGAACAGCAGCACUGCCUCCCAGCACCCGGAGUAUUUGGUGUCACCUGAUCCAGAACAUCUGGAGCCCAUUGAUCCUAAAGAACUCCUUGAGGAAUGCAGGGCUGUCCUGCACACUCGACCCCCCCGAUUCCAGAGGGAUUUUGUGGACCUGAGGACGGAUCACCCCAGCAGCCACCCACCUAUUAGGGUCAUGCAGUGGAACAUCCUUGCCCAAGCUCUUGGAGAAGGAAAAGACAACUUUGUGCAAUGCCCUGUGGAAGCACUCAAGUGGGAAGAAAGGAAAUGUCUCAUCCUAGAAGAAAUCCUGGCCUACCAGCCUGAUAUAUUGUGCCUCCAAGAGGUGGACCAUUAUUUUGACACCUUCCAGCCACUCCUCAGUAGACUGGGCUAUCAAGGCACAUUUUUCCCCAAGCCCUGGUCACCUUGUCUAGACGUGGAACACAACAACGGACCAGAUGGCUGUGCCUUGUUUUUUCUCCAGAACCGAUUCAAGCUAGUCAAUAGUGCCAAUAUCAGGCUGACGGCCAUGACACUGAAAACCAAUCAGGUGGCCAUUGCACAGACCCUAGAGUGCAAGGAGUCCAGUAGACAGUUCUGUAUCGCUGUCACUCACCUAAAAGCACGCACUGGCUGGGAACGAUUUCGCUCAGCUCAGGGUUGUGACCUUCUCCAGAACCUCCAAAACAUCACUCAAGGAGCCAAGAUUCCCCUUAUCGUCUGUGGGGACUUCAACGCAGAGCCAACAGAGGAGGUCUACAAACACUUUGCUUCCUCCAGCCUCAACCUGAACAGUGCCUACAAGCUGCUGAGUGCUGACGGGCAGUCAGAGCCCCCGUAUACUACCUGGAAGAUCCGGACCUCAGGGGAGUGCCGGCACACGCUGGAUUAUAUCUGGUAUUCUAAACACGCUCUGAGUGUGAGGUCAGCUCUUGAUUUGCUCACCGAAGAACAGAUUGGACCCAACCGGCUACCGUCUUUUAAUUACCCUUCAGACCAUCUGUCUCUAGUGUGUGACUUCAGCUUUAAUGAGGAACCUGAUGGACUUUUAUAA